AUGUCCUGCUUCCAGACCGUGGGAUAUCUUCUUGAGCGCAAGCAUUGCUUUCUAGAAUCUCCCGAAUGGAAGACCCUUCCCUGGGCCAAGUGUGGCCUAGAUGCCAAGUUACCUAUUGAAGAACUUCAGGAUUUGCUUUGCGACCUUCCUGGGCAACUCGAGGACGUGGACAAGAUUCUGACGUGGGAAAAAGACGAGCUCUCAAAAGCGGCUCUCCACUCAGCACUGUGUUCUCGUAUCUUUGCGACUCUCUCGAAGCCCUUUACGCUUGCUGAUGGAAGUGGGAGCAGAUGUUUCCGUGUUGCACAUACCUGGUUGAGCCCGUGUGAUUUGGUUCACAGACCCAUACCGUGCCCAAGAUUUGAUGACAUACAACACCAUUCGGUUGAUUGCUACACCGAUCACUUGAAACGAUCGGCGUGCAUGUUGGCAACACGAUGUCCGAUAGACCUCAAAAUGACCCCCUUCUUCCUAUGGAAGGGACAAGAAACGAAGUGGCUGUUGAAAUAUUGCAGAAUGGUUGAUUAUCAUAUGCACUCUUUGCGUCGGAGCUCAGGAGCCUUUAUGCUCAUCUUUCCAUUGAAUGUUGCGCAUCUUCAUUUGGAUCAAGACACCGGCGAGAUCAAAACUUGGCUCGAAGCAGUCAUGGCGGUCGUCGCAGACUACCAUGGAUUCGAAGUUGGGCGAAGGGAAAAUAUGCCGCGACAAUUACAUCCAAGCAAGAGAUGA